CUAAGAGACCUUUUAGAAAAAUAACCCAAAUACUUUAAAGAUAAACAGUUCAACGUUACUAACACGGAUUCAACUCCGUUUCGUCUCUUUUAUUUUUCCUAGCUCUCAACCUCACACAUCUUCCUUCAUUACAGAUUCAAAUUAUCAACUUUCACGCUUAAAUAAGAAGGAAAGAAAAUCAACUUUUUUCUCUUUAAUUUCGACCCUUUUUUCUGUGUUCUUCAAAAUAAAGGAAAUUUGUUAAAGAUGAAUCAGUUACUGUUCGCGGUGAUAUUCUCAGAGAUGGCGGUGAUCAUGGUAUUAUCAUUCAAGACACCGUUUAGGAAGCUCACGCUAAUGAUUUUGGAUCGGGUCAAGCGGGGACGAGGACCGGUGGUGGUAAAGACGGUGGCGGGAACGGUUUUCAUGGUGAUGAUGUCGAGCGUGUACAGCGUGAUGAAGAUCCGGAAGCGUUGGAUCGAUGAUGGUGCGGCUAAUAUGACGGACCAGAUCCUCAUGGCCAAACACCUCCUCGAAGCUACUCUCAUGGGGGGAGUACUGUUCCUAGGACUGAUGAUAGACAGAUUGCAUCACUAUAUCAGAGAACUUCGGAUUCGAAGGAAGAGCAUGGAUGCUAUCAAGAAACAGGGUCUGGCUUUCGAGGAAGGAGAACCUAAUGUCCCCGACAGAGCUAAGGCCUUGGAGGGAGAAGUAGCCACUCUCAAGUCAAAACUAAAGCAUGUGGAGUCUGAUAUUGAGAGCAAGACCAAAGAGAUGGAUGCUGCAGAAGCCAAUGCAGUUGCUUUAAGGAAACAGUCCGAAGGUUUUCUUCUCGAGUACGAUCGGUUGCUCGAGGAGAAUCAAAACCUUCGGAACCAGUUGGAAUCAUUGGACCAGAAUGUGUCACAUUCAGGGAGUAAGAAGAAUACUUAGAAAGGAAUUGAGAUCCUAUGGCGAAAAUGUUUUUCUUGUAUCGUUAUCGUCUUUAAUCCAGUUACUGUGCAGUGGAUUUGUGAGAUGUUGAAGUGUGGACAGGAAAAUAGAUCCAAAGAAAAGGUUAGAAAAAUUAGCUUCCUUCUGUAUUUUGGGUUUUAUGUGUUUGAUUUAAGUAAGAGUUAAAAUGUUGAAUGAA